AUGACGACUGAAGUGGCAAUGCGAAUGGGACAGUGUGGUGGUGGUGGUUGUGGUGGCGGUGAUGAAGGUAAUAUAGUUGGUAGUGGUGGUAAUAAUACUGAUGGUGAUGGUGAUGUCGGUGGCAACAAUGAUGGCACCAAGUGGUGGUGGUGUGGUUGCAAUGAUAUUGAUGAUGGUUGUGGUGAUAUGGAUAGUGGUGGUGGUAGCAAAGCUACUGGUGAUGGUGAUGCCAAUGAUGAUAGUGGUAGUGGUGCUAGUGGUUGUGGUGUUGAUGAUAGUAAUGAUGAUAGUGGUAACAACGAGAAUCAGUUACAUCUUGGGAAUAUCAAUGUGAAUAAGCCAAGUGCAGCUAAAUAG